AUGACGACGGUCCCCUCUCUAAAUAAUUUAUGGGACCAGCUUUUUGUAAAGCAGAAUAACCUGAAAGUGCCGGAACGUGAUGUUCUGACCAAGGACGGUGUGUAUUUCAGGAGGAGGCCUGAUCCUGAGGUACUGGAACACACUUUGGUUGAGCUUGACACGAGUUUGAGGAACUAUUUCCUUCUCUACAACAGAGAAAGGGAGUUCAGGAAGAAAUCUGAGGAGAAUUGCUAUAGGUUAGAGCAGGAGCUUCUGAACUACAAACAGAAGCUGGAAGAGGCAAACAACAGGUUUCAUUGCUUAGAAAGGAAGCUAAAAUCGAUGGUAGAUCAACCCCUUAAGUUGAAGGAAACUCUGGACAGAAUUGACGUUUUAUAUAACCAGAUGGACACUCUGAUACAGGCCUUUGUAGGAAUCGGCAGUUGCACUGUUAUUCAGGGAUACAGUCGUGUCGCCUUUAUCAAGUUAUGUUUAGAGUACCUUUUCCCUUGUAGGGACCUAGACGUCAGACUCAACACUCUGUACAACGCCCUUUACGGUGUUCUUACUCAGUAUGAAGGAAUUGAGGUGACGAUGAAUGAGGUAAUGAAGCCUAUGACCAACACGGUUCCUGAAAAGGCUGCUUUAACAGGUUUAUCUGUGAAGGUGCAUAGGCUAAUGCUGAUGUGCGAUUUACCGAGCACUGACAUUAAGACUUUUAGCGUAUUCUUCAGGUACGACAACGAAGAUAAGGCUCUCAAGGACACUGAGAAAUCCAGAUUAGCCACUUUGCAGGUGAAACCUAUGGAUAACGCCUCCAAGGUUUACGAGUUCAACUACUUGAUGGAGAACCCUAAACUUCCUCCAAAGGUUCCAAACGUGGUUCCAAAACUCGUUUUGGAUGUUUAUGCUGAUAGCUUCUUCGUUGGAAGUGCUGAAGUAAGCUUGAUUUCAGAUAAAACUCUAAAGUCUUAUGAGCUUUGGAAAGUUCUCGAUUCAAAUGGAGUAACCUGUGGCGACUUGGUCGUAUCUGUCCUUCCAAUUCCUAACAAUGCUAAGCUUCCUGCUGUAAACUUUUCUUCAAAAACUGAUGAAUUAACCAGAGCUGAUAGCGCACCCUUGAAGACUACCGGAGCCACCACAAGUAAUACUGGUUCAGAUAAGGUCGUUGAGCCUUUGAACAAGUUACCUACUAAAGCUCAGACGGAGGUAAAAGUUCAAGAAACGACUAAGUCUGAUGAACCUAGUGGCACAGGUAAAUCGUUUGAGCCAAAGUCUAAUCGUACAAUUAGGAAACCCCUCUUUAACCCGAAAACGUCGCCUCUUUCAAAAAAUCUAAACUCUAAUGUUCCAAAAGCUCAACAAAAAUCUCAACCCACUAGUAAGGACGAGAAAUCUAAACCUGAGGAAACUGGCCAGAAAGAGAAGUCAAGCGUUUCAAAACUGAGUCUACUAUUUUCUGGAAAGAAACAGGUUUCUCUUAAACGUGACGGUUCAAAGACUGAGCCUACUAAUGUAUCUGAUCCCAAUGAAGUCAAUGUAGAUGAUGUAAAACAAGAAACUGUCGAUAAGGAUGAAAAUGUUGAAAAGGUGGUCAGGUCUGAAAGCUCCGAAAAGGUUGAUAAAAAGGAAAAAACGUCUUUAAAGGAACUAAUUGUAAAGAAGCUCAGCACAAGGGUUUUAUCAAAGGACUCAAUGACUGAGAAGGUGGAUCCAACUGUUAGUCCUUUGCAACGUAAAAAGUCCGGUUUUAUUGAGAUAAAUCCUUAUAACAAAUCUCCUACAGGUGGAUUGGAAGUGGACCAGAAACAGGAAGAUAACAAUACUCUGGUUGAAAACACUAAAGAAACUGUACUAAAGGAAGAUGUUAGCACUCCAAGGAAGGAUGAACCAAAACCUAUCACUACCAAUCUUGACCCAAAACCCACCGAUUCGAGUGUGUUAACGAAGUCUAGUGGGUCAGAUGUGUCAAAAACCGGUGAUUCAAAUGUGUUAGCAAAGGCUAGAGUGACUCCUCCUCCAGCUAAGCUUGUUCCUAAAGUUCAAGUAGAAUCUGUUCCAGAAGUGAAGGAAAAACUACCAGAAAAACCCCUUGUACCCUUAGUUAUUGCCCCCAAAUUACUAAAGAAGCCUUUCCCACCAAAAAAAUUAUAAUUUUGUC